AGUCAACCCACAAGGUGGUGGAGUUCAGUGCCUGUAGCUGUUGCCUUUUCUACUAAACCAAACGCAGCAAAGAUUAAAGAAUCAUUGAUGCAGACAAAGACAACAGAUCUCACCUUAAGAAAGCAAGUGAAACAAGGCUUUGUUGACACCUUCUGUUCUACAUUGAUCUUUAGUGCUUCCUCUUUCAUUGAAUUGUGAGAUUUUAGUUUUGUCCGAUGGCUGCUAUGAUAGACUGGAAAGCCUGCUCUUCAAUCCGUCCGCACGCUUAUGAUGUGUUCUUGAGUUUCAGAGGUGCAGAUACGCGCAAGAACUUUACUGGUCACCUCUAUAUGGCUUUGCAAGGGGCUGGAAUUCGUACAUUUAGAGAUGAAGAUGAAAUCGAGGGAGGAGAACAUAUUGGUUUUAAAAUAACAAAAGCAAUACAAGAGUCGAAAAUGUCACUAGUGGUGUUUUCAAGAGACUAUGCUUCUUCAAAAUGGUGUCUGGAAGAACUCUUGAUGAUUAUGAAACGUAGAGAAACUAUUGGCCACAUUGUUCUGCCAGUUUUUUAUGAAGUUGAUCCAGAUGAUGUCUCAAUGCAGACUGGUUUUUUUGCUGAGGCAUUUGCUAGCCAUGAAAAAAACUUCAUGGACAAUAGAGACAUGGAGGAAUGCAGGGAGGCUCUUAGAAAAGUUGCAGAUCUGAAAGGACCUGUUCUACGUGAUAGGUACGAGGCACAAUUUAUUCAAGAUAUUGUCAAAGAAGUUGGAAAGAAAUUGAACCGCAUGAUAUUGCAUGUUCCCCCAUAUUUAGUUGGAAUUGAGUCUCGUGUAAAAGAAAUUAGGUCAUGGUUACAAGAUGGGUCAGAUAAGGUUGGCAUAGCAAUACUCCAUGGGUUUGGUGGAGUUGGGAAGACAACCAUUGCUAAGACUGUUUUUAACCAGAACUUUCACGAAUUUGAUAGUUGGAGCUUUCUUAGAGAUGUCAGAGAAACUUCAAAUCAGCCAAAUGGCUUGGUUAAAUUACAAAGACGGCUUCUUUCAGAUAUCCUGAAGGGAGAACCACAGAAGAUAAACAAUGUAGAUGAAGGAAAUAUCAAGAUCCAAAAUGCUUUAGCGUAUAAAAGAGUUCUUGUUGUUCUUGAUGACGUGGAUCACUUGGACCAAUUAGAUAAAGUUAUUGGAGACCGGAAUCAGCUUUACCAGGGAAGUAAAAUCAUUGUAACUGCUAGACAUGGAUCCUUGCUAAAGUCUCAUGAAGCCUGUGAAAAGUUUGGAGUUGAUGCUCUUUGUUAUGAUGAAUCACUUCAGCUUUUCAGCUGGCAUGCCUUUGGACAAGAACUUCCUAAUGAAGGUUAUGAAGAGUUCUCUCAGAAAAUAGUGCAUCAUUGUGCUGGGAUUCCGCUAGUUCUUGAAGUUCUGGGUUCUUCUCUCUCUGGACAAAGUACAGAUUUUUGGAAAAGAGCAUCACAAGAACCUGAAGCCAUUGAUGGUGAUGGAAAAAUACAGAAGAUUCUUAAGAUAAGUUAUGACUCUCUACGGGAUGAACGUGACAAAAACUUAUUCCUUGACAUAGCUUGUUUCUUCAUUGGAAAUGACAAAGAUUACGUGAGAAGAAUCCUCGAGUGCUGUGAUUUCUAUAGAACACUUGGUAUUCAGAAACUCAUUGAUAGGUGUCUUAUAACAAUUGAUAAAGAUAAUAAAUUGAUGAUGCAUCAAUUGCUUAGAGACAUGGGGAGAGAAAUUGUCCGUCAAGAAUCACCCGAGGACCUUGGGAAACGUACAAGACUAUGGCAUCAUGAUGAUGCACUUGACAUACUGGAAAAAAAUAUGGUAAGAAAAUUACUUUUCAUGUUUCCACGUAACAACAUUUGUGUAUGCAUUUUGCUUUUGAGAAAACAAUUUUUUUUAAAGCAGGGAACACAAAAAGUAAAGAGUCUCGUCCUUGAUCAGCAGCUGCUAAAUACAGAAAAUGAGGUGCACUUGGAAGCAGAAGCAUUUACUAAAAUGCGGAAUCUAAAAUUGCUACACCUCAAUAAUGUAAAGCUCAGUGGCGGCUAUGUAAAUCUUCCAAAAAGUUUGGUGUGGCUGUGCUGGCAUGGAUUCUCUUUGAAUUGCUUACCGAAUGAUCUUUUCCUGAAGGAUCUGGUUGUUCUUGACCUGUGUAAUAGCAGUCUAAAACAAGUUUGGAACGGAAUCCGGGAAUGUCGGAGGUUGAAAAUCCUUGAUCUCAGCCAUUCCCUUUGUCUUGUUACAACCCCUGACUUCUCAGGACUCCAAAGUCUUGAAAUAUUGUUACUUGAAGGGUGCAUAAGUUUGGUUGAGGUUCACUAUUCAAUUGGAAACCUUAAGAGGCUUGUUUUUAUAAAUCUCAAGGAUUGCAAAAAUCUUCGGAAGCUCCCAAGUGAAAUGAGUGAGUUGAAAUCACUUCAGGAACUUAAUUUGUCCGGUUGCUUCAAUCUUGAAGAGAUACCUGAGCAGGUGGGGAAGUUGAGUUCUGAAAUGGCGCUUCAUGCAGAUGGAAUGUCAAUAAAAACAUUGCUAGCUUUAGUUCGAAGCUUGUGGGCCUGGGAAUCAUCUAGAAAAAGCUUGUUAUCUGCCCCUUUUACUCUGUCGUUUUUACCAGACUCUCUGAUAAAGCUAACUGUCUCUGACUGCAAUCUGGAAGAUCUUGAUAUACUUGAUCUUAGCAGGCUGAGUUCUUUAGAAUAUUUAGAUCUUAGUGGAAACCCCAUUUGUAACCUGCCAGAUAGCAUGAACUGUCUCACUGCGCUCAAGUCCCUUCUGUUACAUCGGUGCCCAAGGCUCCAAUCACUUCCAGAGCUACCAGAAAGUUUAAUGAGAUUAAUAGCAAGCAAUUAUGGAUCUUCGGAAAGAAUUACUAAUCUCCAAAACUUGUUGGGACCAUUGGAAGUGGAUACUUUUAAUCAUCAUAAACUGAUUGAGGGUCAAGGUGUUUUCAAGUUGGAACUAGUAAGAAAUUUUGUUGUAGAGAUGAUCAAGAUGGUGCACUUGUUCAAUUUGGCAUCUGUAGGAAAUAUUGAAGUGACUAGGUCCAAUGUUGUGACAUCAACUCAGAGAAAGCUUUCAGUCCAGGUAUUUCAUGACUCUGGCACAAGUAGCAUCUUUCUUCCAGGGAGCGAUGUUCCUGAUUGGUUUUAUGUUCGUACUGAGAGUUGUCAAACAACAUUUUAUUUGCCUCCAAGUUUUGGUUGCGAAAUCUGUGGCUUAAAUAUAUGUGUUGCAUAUGCAUGCAUUAACCCUGAAGUUGUUUUCAAUAAACCUUAUUAUGCCAAAAUUAGAAUCGAGACUAAGGAACUACUUUGGGAAUAUACGCCAGAAUUCUUUGGAUUUCCAGAAGCCAAUGAGGAUAUGUUGUGGUUAUGCCAUUGGAAGUUUAAGGAUUGGUUUAAAGAUGGAGAUGCAGUGCAGUUUUCAGUGGCUAUGGCUCCUUAUUUUCAGAUGAAGAGGUGCGGUAUCCGUCCUCUGUAUGAACAGCAAGAUGAUGAUGAUGAUGAUGAUGAUGUUGUUGAAUCAAACUCUGGAGAAAUAGUCCAGGGCACCUCUCGUCGGCGCAGAACUCUCACUGAUAGAGAUUUAAUAGCAUACAAGCGGGACGCAACAUAUGAUCUUCACCAUUAUGACACACUUAUAAAUAGUCUUAAGAAUCAAUCAGAACUCUGAAAGUGAAAAUAGAAACAGCUGACCUCCGAAACCGGGGCUAUGCAGAAAAGAAUUGAAGCAUUAGCACAUGAAUGUACCCGUUGCAGAUGAUGCAGAGUUGUGAUGGAAUUUUUCAUGCUGUGAUGUACCAAAAAUGAUUUAUAGACAACGGAAAACGUGACUGGAGAUUUGUUGGAAGCAAAGAAUGUAUGCAUUUUCUUCCUAUUCAAGCACUAGACAACUUUUCUUUUUAUGUUGGCAUCUCAAAUCCAUCUCUUUUAUGACUACUUGACCACUUUCGAAUCUGAUAUAGCUUCACAAGGAACUUCUUGCUUAAA